ACAUGUAUCACUACAUCUCCUUUGGUUCCCUUGUUUUCAUGCUACAAAAACGGACCAUGCUUAACUCAGGUUCUAAUGCUUUCCCAUUACAGGAACAACAGAAGAAGAAAGGAAAGAGUGAACACAAGAUAGAUAGGAAAAAUAAUUUCUAUCUAUCUUUCAAUUCCUUGUCUUUCUUUUUUCUUUUCCCUCUAAACUUUUUUGAUUUCUUUAACAAUAAUUAUCCAUUUGGGAAACUUAAUUACAUCCCUCUGGAGCUCUCUGAGAAGGUCAUAGAGUAAUCCAAAUUGAAAGCUCCAAAAAAAAUUAAAAAAGCAAAAGCAUAGGAGCAAAAAUAAAGUAUGCCUCCAAACUCAUUAAGAAAAGCCUUUGGGGCAGUAAAGGAUCAGACAAGCAUAGGACUAGCAAUGGUGGGAAGCAGCACCUCACUUGCUGACCUUGAUGUAGCUAUUGUGAAAGCGACUAGGCACGAUGAAUAUCCGGCUGAAGAGAAAUAUAUACGGGAGAUUCUGAGUUUAACAUGUUACUCUCGCGCAUUCAUUAGUGCUUGUGUUAAUACCCUCUCGAGGCGUCUCAGCAAGACUAAAAAUUGGACAGUGGCUUUGAAAACUCUUAUUUUGAUUCAAAGGCUUCUAGAAGAAGGUGACCCUGCUUAUGAGCAAGAGAUAUUCUUCUCAACUCGACGUGGGACUCGCCUUCUCAACAUGUCCGAUUUUCGUGACAGCUCACAAUCUGGUUCGUGGGACUUCUCUGCAUUUGUGCGCACAUAUUCGUUAUAUUUGGAUGAGAGGCUUGAGUACAAGAUGCAAAGUCGGCGUGGAAAGCGUAGCAUGUUUGGUUAUGACGAAGACGAGGAGGAAAGGGAAAGGGAAAGGGAGAGAGAAAGAGAAUCUGAAAGGGAAAAAGAAAGGGACAAAGGUAGAGAAAUCGUUGUAAGAUCCACACCAGUGCGUGAAAUGAAGUUAGAGCAAAUUUUUUCCAAAAUGCAGCAUUUGCAAUUGCUUCUUGAACGCUUUUUAGCUUGUCGCCCCACAGGAACAGCAAAGAGCCAUAGAAUUGUGAUAGUGGCUCUUUAUCCAAUUGUGAAGGAGAGUUUUCAAUCAUAUUACGACAUAUCAGAAAUAUUGAGCAUCUUAAUCGACCGUUUUUCUGACAUGGAUGUCGCAGACUGUAUCAAGGUGUAUGACAUUUUCUGUCGUAUUGGAAAACAGUUUGAUGAGCUAGACCUCUUCUAUGGAUGGUCCAAGAAUAUUGGAAUUUGUCGCUCUUCUGAGUACCCUGAGAUAGAUAAGGUCACACCAAAGAAGUUAGAGGUUAUGGAAGAGUUUAUCAAAGAUAAGAACAUGCUAGCACAAAGCAAUAAAGCUGAUGUUCAAGAAGAGAACAAUUCGGAUGAAGAAGCCAAGGAACCCGAACCCGAACCUGAACCGGAAGAGGAUAUGAAUGCAGUCAAGGCCCUUCCACCACCAGAGGAACCAGCCGAAGAAGUGGUGGAAGAGCCAAAAGAAGAAGAGACGAAAGAAGAAAAAAUUGUGCAAACCGAGGGUGAUUUGUUGAACUUAGGAGAUGAUAGAGUGACAACUGAAGAACAUGGGGACAAACUAGCCUUAGCUUUAUUUGAUGGGGCUGCACCAGCAACAAGUGAAGGUGGAAUAAAAGCACUUCCAUGGCAUGCAUUUGAUGAGAGUGCAGAUUGGGAAACAGCGUUGGUACAAUCAACCAGCCACUUAGGAAACCAGCAGCCUGCAUUAGGUGGAGGCUUUGAUACAUUAUUGUUGGAUGGUAUGUAUAAACAAGGAGAAAUGAAUGCAGCCAUGCAAGGAGUGGGAUAUGGUGGCAGUGGAAGUGCUAGCAGUGUAGCACUUGGUUCAGCCGGAAGGCCAGCAAUGCUAGCAUUGCCAGCACCACCAACAUCAGGAACUGGAGUUAAUUCUACUUCAGGAUAUGUAGAUCCAUUUGCAGCUUCAUUGGCUAUCGCACCGCCGUCUUACGUUCAAAUGUCAGAGAUGGAGAAGAAGCAAAGGUUACUAGUUGAAGAACAGCUGAUUUGGCAGCAAUAUGAAAGGGAUCGCGUACAAGGACAUGCUGCACUUAAGCAACAACCUGGUAGUAAUAACUCCUAUAUGGGAGGCUAUCAACAGAACUAUGGCAAUUACCACCGUUGACUAGAAUAAUUUUUUAUUAGUUGGAACUCUUUUUCUUCAUUCCAAGGCAGGCAAUUUUAUCCACCUUCAUUAGAAAAGCUUGUUCUCAAGUCUUGUUAGAACUUUGAAGAUUAAUGUGAUAUCCCCUCUCCUAAGAAACACUUGUUUUUCUUUCUUAGUUUCUUUGCCCCUUUCAGAAAACUAGUAAAAAAUUAUUCAUCAUUGAUUAGCAAUAUUGUUGACUAAUUGACCUAUAAAACUUGUCUGAAUACUUUAUUGUUUAUGUUACUCUAUUGCUUAUGUGUGUAAUCAUUUUAACUUGUUUUGUUAGUAAAACUAUACUGCACAAGUAAUGUUAUCUGCACAAGUUAAGUAGGUUUAUGUCAUAUGACAUCAGCAAAGUAUAGGUUGAGUCAUUAGUAAGUAUUUGACUAUAAGUAUGUAAGAAGGAUGUAAGGAUGGUAUGUAUCAAAUUUGCAGCAUAGUAAACAUUGUUAUUGUCCCUUUCUCUUCCA